UAUUGAAUGAAGUCCUCGCUGACCAAAGAGAAGUUCCCAUUGGGUUUGAUUGACGGCUCCGCUCUCCAUUGGGAGUAGAAAGCUCCGUCUCGCCCACCAAUAGGCUGCCGGAUGCGGGCCUAGGGGGCGGGCUCUCCCUCCCAGGCGGGCGGGGAAGGCCGUGGUUAUCGAUCCCGCUGCUGGAGGGAGGCGGCGGAGAAGCAGCAGAGAAAAUGGCGGCCAUGGCUGCGGAGGCGGCAGCGACUGCAGCGGUGCCGGGCGAUGGGGGGGCGGGCGAAGCCGAACCCGAGAUGGAGCCCAUCCCGGGCAGCGAGGCCGGGGCGGAUCCUCCUCCUGCCGUCACCGAGGCCGUGGAAUCGGCGGUGCCCGACGGGGAGGAGGCCGACGGAGGGAAGGGUGCUCCCGGCGAGGCCGAGGAGCCGCCGCCCGUGCAGCUCGCCCGGAGCCCGGCCGGGACGAGGGAACCGGAAGGCGAAAGGACGGAGACGCCGCCGCCCUCCAGCCCGGAGGUGGGUUCGCCGCAGGCCGAGCUCCGGGGAGCGAUCGGCCCCGAGCCCGAGGAGCGGCCGCAGCCCUGCCCGCCGCCCGCCGCGCAUCCCCAGCUUCCCGACGAGCGGCCGCAGCCCGGCACCGCGGCUGCCGGGGGCUCCGCCAAGCGAGAGCCCGGGGAGGAGCCGUCCCGGCCGGAGGAGGAGGAGCCGGAUGCUGCCGCCGCGGAGCCCGAGCGCCCGCUGCCCGCCGCCGCCACCGGGGGAGAAGCGGAGGCGCUGCUGCUGCCCGGCUCCGAGGUGCGGGUCACCCUGGAUCACAUCAUCGAGGACGCCCUGGUGGUCUCGUUCCGGCUGGGAGAGAAGCUGUUCUCCGGGGUCCUCAUGGACCUCUCGAAAAGGUUUGGACCCCAUGGAAUCCCUGUGACCAUAUUUCCUAAAAGGGAAUAUAAGGAUAAACCUGAAGCCAUGCAGCUCCAAAGUAAACCAUUCCAAGAUGAGGCACAGGUGAAGUGUGAAUCUAAUGCUGCAGUCCCUGAUGACUCUUCUCUCACGCAGCCAUCAGAACCAAGCUUAGCUAAAAGCCUAUGGACUUCUAAACCACCUCCUCUCUUCCAUGAGGGAGCGCCAUAUCCUCCUCCUUUGUUUAUCAGGGACACAUAUAACCAGUCAAUACCUCAGCCUCCGCCCCGGAAAAUUAAGCGGCCCAAGCGUAAAAUGUACAGGGAGGAGCCCACUUCUAUUAUGAAUGCUAUCAAACUACGACCCCGCCAGGUCUUAUGUGACAAGUGCAAAAACAGUGUUGUUGCAGAAAAAAAGGAAAUAAAAAAAGGUGGCAAUGCAAGUGACUCUUCAAAAUAUGAGGAUAAUAAAAAACGAAGAAACGAGAGCGUGACUACUGUGAAUAAAAAACUUAAGACUGACCAUAAGGUGGAUGGAAAAAGCCAAAACGAAAGCCAGAAAAGGAAUGCUGUGGUCAAGGUUUCAAAUAUUGCCCAUGGCAGAAGCAGAGUAGUUAAAGUUACUGCACAAGCAAAUACUUCAAAAGCGCAGUUAAAUACAAAAAAAGUUCUCCAGAGCAAAAACAUGGAUCAUGCAAAAGCUCGGGAAGUCUUGAAAAUGGCCAAAGAAAAGGCACAAAAGAAGCAGAGUGCAACCUCCUCUUCCAAAAAUGCACAUUCAAAGGUCCAUUUCACACGGCGUCUUCAGAACACCAGCUCAGGUUCCCUCCCGCCCCGAUUGCGUUUAAAGCCACAAAGAUAUCGGAAUGAAGAAAAUGACUCUUCUCUCAAGACAGGACUUGAGAAAAUACGGAGUGGCAAGAUGGCAACUAAGCCGCAGUCUCGCUGCUCCUCCACCCGCUCAGCAGCUCAGAGGCAUUAGUCAGCUGCUGUUCUUACGGAACCUCACUACACUGCCACGAAGAGCACCAGCUCAUCAGGACUGAACGAAAUCUGUGACUGAAUGGCCCUAUUUUUCCUCUGAAAUCUUCACCAAGCAGUAAUCAUUUUUUGAAUGGGAAAGGGGGGUAAAUAUGUUGAAGCGACCCCUCGCACCCUGCUGGGGCACCUGUACCUAAUGUACAUUUUCUUUAAAGUUUAAAAAGAUGUUAGGAAAUAUUUUAUAAAACGUUUUUUGCAAUAAAUGACGCAUGAAAUGAUUAAAGACUCGACGACACUUACAUGCAAGGAACCACUUGAAUUACUAGUAUGAAGAAUCACUGCAAAUACCUGUUCUUUUUGUAAUGUGACAGUCAGUUUGUAUGUUUCGAUAGGUGCCAGUGAUGGAGCCAAUUGCCUGGGAAGUUGACUGUAACUUUUGAACUUUUAUUUUAAUUCUUAACUUUAGCAUUGCAGUUUUCCAUUCUAUGAGGCUUAGUUAGUAUUUAGUGCAGGUGUUAGCAGAGCUGUGACCUGUGAUCAAAAGCAUGUCCGAAACUAGUUGUAUUGUACAAUAUGAACAGUCCUGCUACGCGAGACCAACAUUUCCCAUAGAGGUGAUGGAAGGGGCAGUGACCACAAAUCCGUGUAUCUCUGUAUUAUGGGAAAGCUCCUUCUGUGUGAAUAUGGUUGCAUUUUAUUUAUGCUGUUGUAACACUUAGGGAACUGAGGAUUGCGGAAGGGUUACGAUGCAGAGAGCAGCGUUUUGCUUAUGAUACUUUAAGAAGAUGGGAGUCGUGAAUGUAGAGAGAUUAAAAUGGAAAGGCAUUUCUAUUUCAAAUCAUGGGUUAAUUUUUCCUUUUGACGUCAAUAUUUUUCAGAUACGUAACUAGUAGAGCAAAGGUUUUAUUAGUGUUUCUGAUGGUUGUUGACUUCUUUGAAUAGCUGGAAAUCAAAAAAAAGGAUACCCAGUGGCAGUGGGUUUUAUCCAUUUUAUUCCCUUUCCCCAAAAGGUGUCUGGUAUUUACGACGUACUUCAGUGGAGCUUGUGAAUGCUGGACGCGCUGCUGAAGUACGGAGUUAUUAAAUAUUAAUUUAUUUGUCACCGAUUCUUUGACGUUGUGUGCACGUUUUCUCAGCAGUAUCAUUUCUUACAACGUUCUUAGAAGGGGAUCUAUUAUAUAACCUGGGAAAUAAUAUUUGUGCUGAAGAAAUGAAAAUGUGCACAUAAUCUACGCAAAGUCAAAUUUCUGUUUAUCCAGAAGUGAAAGGACUCGUAUUAAACUCUUCUCCUCUUUACUAAUAUCCUGAUUUCAUUGGAGAACAGUCUUUGUCCAGAUCGUUUAAAAAGAAAUCUACCUUUCUGAGAGGUGCCUGCGUCAGCACGAAGGCGGUUUCACAGCCUUCAUAUAUGGAGCCCAAAUGAAAUAACGUUGAAUCCGAACUCGCUCCACCUCCAUUGCCUGGCUUUGGUGUUGGCAACGGGUUUCAGUUUGUUAAGCAGUCAGGGAGGAGGGAAGAGAGGGGCUGGAGCAGCUCCAGCAAAGGCAAAUCAGCAAUGCACAGACUGAGGCUGGUUGUGCUGAGUGCUUGCUCAGUUCCUUUUAUGACGGGGUAAUUUAUUUAUAAAGCUAGAAAUCGAAUACACACUGCCUACUUCUUAACAAAUAGCUGCAUAAUGCUAUAUAGUAGGUUCAAGUUGUACCAUUUUUCUUAAUAAACUGCAAUCCUUCUUUUUAAAUUUCAGAUUCCUGUUUGGCAGCACUCUUCCUAUUCACCAGUCAGGUGCUGUUGGUGAGGUGUGAUUAGAGCUUAAUCUAAUCUAAAUCUAAUCUAAAAUCAAGGCAUCUGAUGUGAUGAAAGGGAAGGUGAUGUGUUACAGGAUACGUGCUGGCCUUUCACCUCUGGACACCAAACCCCAAUUGUAUUGGUAAUCAGUGACGGUCUUAGCCUAAUAAAUAACAUUUUUAUCCAAACCUACCCACCCUCACCCAAAACCAAACAACCAAACUAAAAAGAAGCCACCAAACAACAUGGCACAAAACAGUUUCUGCUCAGGAAAAAGGCCCAGGACUGUAAUAGCAGGGUUAUUGCACAUUGGGUUGAAAACUGAUUGAUGUUGUAAGUAGAAGCCGGUAGUGCCUGCCUGUGUGACAUCUGACUCUUAACCAGUGCUCUUAUUUCCUCACCGUGAGCACUUGUGCACAGCAGUUGAAAUAUAUAUACAAUAUAUAUAUAUAUUUAAAUAAAACCACUUAAGAGUGAUGCAGGUCUAUGCAUUGGAUAAUAUGGGUAUAUAAGCAAACAGCAUAAAAAUAGACAAGGUAGCUAACUGUACUUGUGUUUGUUUUCACAGAAAGUAUUGCAGCCGUUUCGUUUGAAAACAGAUUUUCAUUUUGAAAUGAAAUUGUCAGGGAUAUUCUAAUGAUAGAGACUUACAGUAAUGUAUUGCUUUUCACUUUUUUGCUUUAGUUGCUUAAUAUUUAAGCUUUGCUCCGUGCUACCUUCUUGUCUGUAUAUUGAAUGGUCACUAUGCCUCUUUCAUUUUGUAGACUUGAAUGAGGAAAAUGAUUCAUCCUUUAAGGUUUGCUGAGAAGUAAAUGAUAAAGAAUGUUGUGUAACAUUUAUUCAAAUAAAGCCUUGAUUUUUUUCAGUGCUCUUUUAAAGGGAAA